AUGGGCAAGCUGAACAUCGCGCACCACAAGUCUUAUCAUCCCUACAGACGGGACAACAUCGAGCGGGUGCGACGCGAUGAAGAGGAGGCCCGGCUAAAAGAGGAGAAAGAAGAAGGGCGGCUGAUGCUGGCUGACUCGGAGGCCCGCAUUGACUUGUUGCGGGAGCGCGCUGGGGUGAAGGCCGCGCCAAAGCGCAAAAAGCGGGACGAUGACGACCUCGAGAAAGCCAUGGCUAUCCGGACGCAAAAUGUAGAGACCGGCGCUGUGCUGCCCACGACAAACGGGCACAUCAACUUUUUCGAAGACUUGGAGCAGAGCUCUAUCGCUGCUUCUAUACGGACAGCGACAAAGAAGAAAGGAGAAGCAACAGAGACAGACCGGGGAGUGCCUCUUGCGCCGUCUGCCAAAGACCUGAACCCAUGGUACAUCGAGCCCGCAAAGAAAGGCGAAGAUGAUGAUGAUGAGGUGGUCGACGAAAAACGGAUGCGAGAUGCCCUUCGAAAAUCAGCCCAUGACCCACUCACUUCAAUAACCCAUCAGCUUGCCUCCCGCCACGGCUCUACUUCCACAUCCUCACGCUCUUCUUACAAGCCCCGACCACAGCCCAAGUCAGGUCCGCCUGAAGUGCAAGAACGACUAUCGCGGGAAUCGUCCGAGCGAGAGCGGGCUCUAGCCCUCAUUCGCAGAAAACAACGCGAGAUGCGGGGAAGCGAGACACCUAGUACAGUCCAUGGCGGAUAUAACGACAUGUUCAAUCGGCAAGAGGUCGAAGAAGCGCAUCGCGGCCGCUUUCCUGACUAUCGACGGACACGCUGGUAG